AUGACCAACGGACCACCUGCCUCAGCUGCGGGUCCCAGUCGGCCCGUACAGCCUCAGCAAUACCAGCAAAUUGCUCCAGGGCCCCAUCCACACCCAUACUAUGUUCAGACAAGAAAUGUCGAAUCGGGAAGGACUCCCUAUCAACAAUGGACCAGCCCGGCCCCUUGGACAGCAUUGGCUGGCUCGGCUGGGAGAGGCCAGUAUGUAGGCAACCCCCCACAAAUGUACACGCAGCAAGCACAGCGAGGACGUUAUCCCGAAAGUCAUGCACAACCAAGGCCACAACAACCAUCGGUCCAGCAACCGGUCAAGACCGUAGACGCUGCCACAUCUCCCCCACCGAGUCCAGUUACUCCACCACCUCCAGAAUAUCGGCAAUGGGACCGUGUUAUGAAGGAUUUCCUUGUUAAACUUGGGCUGAAGCAGGCUCUGGCGGGGUUUGAGACAGAUCUGUUGCUGAUGAACGAAGACUUCGAGCAUAAAACCGUGCCUAGCGCGAUGGAUGAGGUUAUCCAGGGGUUCACGAUGAUUCAACAAGGCUCGUCAUUACCGAAAGACAAUGUGCCUUUGGAAGAGCGCAAGCUGGACUAUGUGCAUACGCCAAAUCCGGUAUCUCCAACAACUAUAACCAAGUCGAUUUCCGUCUUUCUUGCUCAGAAUCGCGCCAAGAAUGACGCGUCUAAUCGUGCCGAAUUUCUUCUUUCACUUGCAGAAAAAAGGAAGCAGGUUGAAGCGGAAGGCAGUGACUCUUCUUGUGCACGUACCGACGCGAAACUCAUUGACCGCGAUGUCCAAAUGAAGUAUGACAUUGCGCGCAACACUGACGGGCCGCUUCGUCGGACAGUCAAGAUCCCUUCGACAGAGAUACCUUCAACUUCCCCUGCAACAUCUCGGGCAAGGACCAAGUCAAUGGCUCGAGAGGAGAAAAAACCGGAGGAAGCGGAUGAGAAGACCAACACACCAGUUAAUGAAAGGCUCACAAACGUAGAAACACACUUUUCUGUUCGAUAUGUUCCUGGCCCUCCGGACAGCUUCGCGUCGCGGCUUCAGUUCCUCGAAGACCACAUCAUCCGAUUGGAGAAAGACUAUCCGCCAUGGGCAGCACUGCACUUUAACCAGCCUAAUCGUGGGUGGCCCCCACCGCCUCGGGCUACACCCAUCAUUGUUCCCCCACAACUUCGGACCACUUCAUCAGCUCCCCUGCCCCCUGCAAAGGGUGGCAGAACCAAGAAUACCGGCUCAACCCUACAAAGGGCGGCUAUGGAGCAAUUGGCCAUCCGCGAAGCAAAGAACGAUCUCGCAGGCCACAGCCAGAAGCCGGUGUAA